AUAUGGAGCAUCUUACCACUAAGCAGCAUGUGCAUUUGCCAAUGUAGGAUCAUGUGGAAAUGAACUGAAUUUGUGCACUUUGAUUUAUGUGGAGCCAAAAGUUCUGUUCUGGUGACAAGAGAGGACAAUUGCCAGUUUGAGUAACACCAUGAAUGCUAUUGUUGCUCUCUGUCAUUUUUGUGAGCUCCAUGGCCCUCGAACCCUCUUCUGUACAGAAGUUCUGCAUUCUCCUCUUCCCCAGGGGGCUGGAAAUGGAGAUAGCCCUGGGCAGGGAGAACAGGCUGAAGAAGAAGAAGGUGGCAUCCAAAUGAGCAGUCGAAUUCGCUCUCAUAGCCCAGCAGAAGGGGCCAGUGCUGAAUCCAGCAGCCCAGGUCCAAAGAAAUCAGACAUGUGUGAGGGCUGUCGAUCACUUGCAGCAGGACAUCCUGGGUACAUCAGCCAUGACAAAGAAACGUCGAUAAAAUAUGUUAGUCAUCAGCACCCAAAUCAUCCACAGCUCUUCAGUAUUGUUCGCCAAGCCUGUGUUCGAAGCCUGAGUUGUGAGGUCUGUCCUGGUCGGGAAGGUCCUAUUUUCUUUGGAGAUGAACAACAUGGCUUUGUGUUCAGCCACACUUUUUUCAUCAAAGAUAGUCUGGCCCGGGGUUUCCAGCGCUGGUAUAGCAUUAUUGCUAUCAUGAUGGAUCGGAUUUAUCUUAUCAAUUCUUGGCCCUUUCUGCUGGAGAAGAUUCGAGGGAUCAUUGAUGAACUUCAAGGCAAAGCAUUGAAGGUGUUUGAGGCAGAACAGUAUGGCUGUCCACAACGUGCCCAAAGGAUGAACACGGCUUUUACUCCAUUCUUACACCAACGGAAUGGCAAUGCAGCCCGUUCUCUCACAUCAUUGACAAGUGAUGAAAAUUUGUGGGCUUGUCUGCAUACUUCCUUUGCUUGGCUUCUGAAAGCUUGUGGCAGUAGACUGACCGAGAAACUUCUAGAGGGAGCACCCACAGAGGACACGUUGGUUCAAAUGGAAAAACUUGCUGACUUAGAGGAAGAAUCAGAAGGCUGGGACAACUCUGAAGGCGAAGAAGAGGAAAGGACUCUUUCAGUGCCUGAGGUCACAGAUGGGAGGGAGUUAGCCAAAUGCUCGACCACUCCCUCCUUGUUGUCAGAUUGUGGCAGCUGGCUACCUCGAAAGCUAUCCAUCUUCAAGUCGCUUCGACACAUGAGACAGGUCUUAGGUGCAUCUUCUUUUCGUAUGUUGGCAUGGCAUGUGCUAAUGGGAAACCAGGUCAUCUGGAAGGGACAAGACAUGGAUCUUGUCCAAUCAGCUUUUGAUGUUCUUCGGACCAUGUUGCCUGUAGGUUGUGUCCGAAUUAUCCCCUAUAGUAACCAGUAUGAGGAGGCAUAUCGAUGUAACUUUCUGGGACUCAGUCCUCAUGUUCAAAUACCAUCCUACAUACAGACCUCUGAAUUUGCUGUCAUUGUGGAGGUCCACCCAGCCACUUGUUCCAGUGUUUAUCCAGUUGCAUGUGAUGAAGAUCAGUCUCUAAGCAAGUAUGAGUUUGUGGUCACCAGUGGAGGUCCCAUAGCUACUGAUCGAGUUGGACCUACCAUCUUGAACAAAAUUGAAGCUGCUCUCACCAAUCAGAACCUUUCAGUGGAUGUUGUGGAUCAGUGCCUGGUUUGCCUCAAGGAAGAGUGGAUGAACAAAGUGAAGGUGCUUUUCAAAUUCACCAAAGUGGAUAGUCGGCCCAAAGAGGACACCCAAAAACUUCUGAGCAUUUUGGGAGCAGCUGAGGAGGACAAUGUAAAACUUCUGAAGUUCUGGAUGACUGGGUUAAGCAAGACUUAUAAAUCACAUCUUAUGUCUACAGUUCGAAGCCCUACUUCUUCAGAAUCUCGAAACUGAUGAUAUAAUGGGAGUGUAUCUCAGGAUAUGUCUCCUGGGAUCUAGUUAUUCAUUCCCUUUCUACCAUAUGAAUGACAAAUACAGUUGUCCACAAAUUCCACUUGGAGAAUUGUAAACUUAACCUUUGAGUUGCUCAGAAAUGAGAUAUUUGUCAUCCAGAAAUGUAGACUUACAACCCUAAUUUCUGGCCUCCAUGUGGUAGUUGUGAUUAAUCUUGUUUUUUAGGGCACUUAAACUGUAUAAAUAUCUUUGGAAUUUAAGAAGGAACAGUCCAUCCACACAGUGAUAAUGGAAAACUUAAAACAGCUGGAUCAGUUCAUCUACUAACACAGGCAAUGUAGAGAAGUUGUAAGAAAAACUUGUAUUUGUUUGCUCUAAAGAUUUUUCAUCUCAAAUUUUAGAAAAGAAACCAUCUGGGAUUAGGGUUGGAUUUUGCUACAGAAUAUCUUCUUUUUUUGAACACUUUCAAUUUGAGAUUGAGUGAGAGUUAUGUGAUUUUUGACUUCAUUAGAAAACAUUUAGAGCACAUUCAAUUCCUUCACUAUUUUUAGACAUCUAAUCUUGAGGCUGGGAGCUGUUCUGGGUCUUUGGAAAAGACUAAAGUUAAAGCAGUUCUUUAUCCUUACAUGCAUUUGAAUUCUAUUUGAAGUGAGGGGCGUAAUCAAUUAUUUUUGAAAUGAUUACUAUAACAAUAACAAGCUAAAGACACUCAUUUGCAAAUGUAUUCUGGCUAGGCUUCUCUAUAAUUACAUGUGAAAAUCUGUGACCUCAUUUUGAAGAGGAUUAUUGUUUUAUAUAAAAGUAUUACUUUUGCCUAAAUGUGAAAUAGACAUUUGACUUCCCAAUUUGAGAAAACAUGAAUUUCAGUUCCUUAUAAUGGUAUUUAGAUUGUGACCUUUCAUUUUAUUUAGCCAUAAUAUUUAUAAACUUUACCAUAAUUUCAUUCAUUAUCACUCUGCCCUUCAUAACUUGUUAAAGCCUUGACCAGUGUCAACCAAAAACGAUGUCAAGAUUAUGCUAGAUUUUUUUAUUUCAUCAACUUGUGGCUGCACUUGCAUUUCUAACAAUACUUGGUGAUUUUGCAACAACUUUUUUGUCAAUUUAUCUAAAGGGGGGAUUUUGUGGGUGUUUAUUUAAAUUAUAUUUAACACAAAAACUAAGUUUUUAUGUCAUUGUUAAAAGCAUUAAAACACAAUAAAGAUGUAUUUUUGUAAGCUGGAGAACAUAA